AUGGUUCCAACUUACAGAAGUUACAUAGAAUCCAAGUACCAGGAAAUGCACAGAAUAGCUUCCAAUGAAGGAAGAAUGGAAGAGGCAAAUUUUACAGUGGACAAAUUGAGAGUAGUGGUGAAAAAAUAUUGGCUAAUGGCAGCAACAGGGAGCCCCGGGUUCGUAUUGGCACGUUCUGUGACUUGCACUGCUUCAGGUUUGAUUUGUGUGUUCACUGCUUUCUUUUUGGUAGAAGCUCAUAUUCAACAAUUGUUUUGGCCCGGAGAAUUCUCGAAGCGUACUUCCACCUACAAGUGGUCAAUUAAAUGGAUUCUAGCUACCCAGUUUGUCGGAGUUUUCGUGGGAACUAUUGCCACUGCCUUCAAAUGGUUCACUGCUGCAUGCUUCAAGCUUUCAGAACUAGACAGUAAAAGCUUCAAAAGUGAAUUCAAAAUCGAGAAUUAUUGGAUUCAGAGGCUGGUGGACUGGAAAGAAAGGCCAUUACCUUUACAAAUUCUAAUUGUUUCGGUGAGCAAACUUGUACUUGUCAUUUCUGCCUCAUCUUUCCACCUCAUCGGUUGGUUGAUGAUAUUUGUUGUAAAUGCCUCUUGCAACAAAAAAGGAUCAGAAUCAAGCAUUGAUUCCGAACUAGAUCUUACCCGUUAUGUCUUGCUACUUGAAGGAGAAGUACAACUGCCAAAAAAGACCGUAAAAAACAUCUGGAAUGAGGUGGACAAGCUUAUCCGGACAGGUAAAAGUCAGCAGCCCAAGAACCUGAUUAAACUUCAAAGUAAAUCUAACAACUUUAAUGGGGUGAGAGAAUUUGACAGUAAUCACGUUCCAAGUUUACAUUCCCAGGAGCCUUCGAAUUGCUGGUCUCUACCUGUGGUAACCCUUACGUGCAUCGCCAUUGCACUUCCCAACAUCCCAAGUUAUAGGGGUAAUCAGUUAUUGAGGUCUGUCGGUGAAGGCCUUUCCUCGUUAAAAGUAAUAGAAAAGGCCUUGUAUAGAAAUGGAGCUCUGGUAAACAUUAGAAAUGCAGCAGAUAUUGAUCUCUGCAAAUCAAAUGCCCAAGGCAAAACCUCUAAGGAAACACUAGAAGAGCUUUCCAAUGUAGCUGAAAUGACUGUUAUGCAGUUCCUCAGAUACACGAACAAUCUCGUCAUGGUGAACCCUCUAAAUUGGCCAGAUAGGAUUAUAGCUGCAAACUCAAUGUAUCGAAUUAGUCGAACUAUUUUACUGGCCUAUGACAGUUACCAAAGAGAUGGACUUUUUGACCAUUUAUCCAUCAUGAUUGCGGAUAUAUUGGCAGCCCGCCUUACCAAUUUACCCGAUGUUAUAACUGUGAGAAAGGAGAAGUAG